AUGUCACCGUUUUCAUAUUUUAUCCUUAUUUUGUCUUGCAUUUCUUGCUUAGCUAUCUCUCAUGAAAUAAACCGUGGUUUUACUGUUGAACUCAUUCACCGUGAUUCUUAUAAAUCACCAUUGUACAACUCCAACCAAAAUAAAUUUCAAAGAACUCUUAAUGCUGUGCAACGGUCUAUCAAUCGUGCUAAUUAUAUUUACAAUGAAUUUUCUCCUACUAAAAGCAAACUUGAGUCAUCUAUGCCUUAUGAUGAUGGUGAGUAUCUAAUGGGUUAUUCAGUUGGUACUCCACCAUUUAAGGUUUAUGGAUUUUUAGAUACAGGUAGUAAUUUAAUAUGGUUACAAUGCAAACCUUGUAAUAGAUGUUAUAACCAAACCUCUCCCAUUUUUAAUCCUUUGAAAUCUUCUAGUUACCAAAAUAUUCGAUGCUCCUCUAGAACAUGCAAAUCUAUGGAAGUUACUUAUUGUUCUUAUGAUAGAGACGCUUGUCAAUAUACUUAUGAUUAUGGCCAGGGAUCGAAGACACAGGGAGAUCUUAGUGUGGAGACUCUUACAUUAGAUUCAGCCUCCGGCUCUUUUGUCUCAUUUUCUAAAAUUGUAAUAGGUUGUGGACAUAAUAAUAGUCUUGGGUAUAAUGUCCAAACUCCAAAUUUAGGUAUAGUUGGCUUUGGAAGUGGACAUAUGUCUCUUAUUAAACAACUAGGAUCUUCAAUUAGGGGAAAAUUCUCAUAUUGUUUAGUUGAUGAGGAUAAUAGCAAGUCUAAUAUAUCUAGCAAAAUAAAUUUUGGAGAUGCUGCUAUUGUUAAUGGUGACAAUGUUGUUUCAACUCCUAUAAUCAAAAUGGUAGGAAAUCGUCAAAAAGACACUUAUUAUCUUCACUUGGAAGCUGUUAGCGUAGGAAAUAAAAGGAUAAAGUAUAGAGGAUUCAAACGCGAAGGAACAAAUGCUUCUACCCAUAACAUCAUAAUUGACUCUGGUACAACUGUAUCUGUUCUUCCACAUCAUUUUUACAAUAGGUUGGAAUCAGCGGUGAAAAAAGUGGUUAAACUAAAGCGUUUUCAAGAUGAUACUGAUUCAUACAAACUUUGUUAUAAUACCACAUCCAAACAACCAAACUUUCCACAAAUUACGGCACAUUUUAAAGGCGCAGAUGUUAAGUUAGAUUCUAAGGGAACCUUUGAUUAUUUAUAUGAGGGGGUUAAAUGCUUUGCAUUUCGCCCACGCAAAGACGGAUUAGGUCUUUUUGGAAACCAUGCACAAAUAAAUUAUUUAGUUGGUUAUGACCUCAACAAAAACAUUAUUUCUUUUAAGCAUACUGAUUGUUCUAAAUAUUAA